UCUGAAUGCACCAGAAGCAUCAGUGGGAACAGGUGAAUCUCCUCAUAGUGAUAAAGGACUGGCAAGUGGUCUCUCAAAGAGGAAUGGAUGACAUGGGCGAGUCUAUGAUGAUGACUCCUGAGGAAAAACUUACCCAGUAUGACAGCAGAGCCCAAGCCUUUGCAGACACCCAACAGUUUGAUGCUUGUAUCCAGGACCUUGUCCGCUGUCUGGUGUAUGAAGACGGGCACCUGAAACUAGCCCAAGCCCAUGUCCGACUGGCUAAGGCAUACCUACAGUUUAAAGGCUGGGCAGUGCAGGCCCAGGAGCAUUCCGACAGAGCCAGUGAGUUGCUGCCCCUCUGCUCCCCCAGCUACACCUGCUGGGAGGACACGCUCCACGUCCACACCUGUCUCCUCAACAUAUACCUAGCACAGGGAGGCGCCACUGCUGCUGGCCAAAUAUCCUUUUCACACAUUCUGUCUGUGAGAAAACUCUGA